AGGAAAAAGGAAAAAUCUUAAUUGAGAAGGAAGUUAGAAAGAAAGAAGCACAGAUCUACGCGCAAACUCAAUUUCCUUCUCCUUGUAGGCUACCUCAUGAAAGAAAAGGAAGGAAAAUCCUGAUCGAAAUUUCACUUUUUUAUUAUAACUUUCCAUAUUUUAGUCUCUCUGCAAAGUCCCCAGCACCGAUCAACACCAAUGGUACCACCACCACCUCCGGCACCAUCAACGCCAAACCACCAGGCUACUCAACAAUUCCUCUCAUCAGUUCUCUCACAACGCGGCCCAUCAUCUCUACCAUACAUCGAAGACACUAAAUGGCUAAUACGCCAACACCUCCUUUCCCUAAUCACUACCUACCCUUCUCUCGAACCCAAAACCGCUACUUUCACACAUAACGAUGGUCGUUCCGUCAAUCUUUUACAAGCUGAUGGCACUAUUCCGAUGCCCUUUCAAGGUGUUACUUAUAAUAUUCCGAUCAUAAUGUGGCUCAUGGAAUCUUACCCUCGCCACCCGCCUUGUGUUUACGUCAAUCCCACGCGCGACAUGAUUAUCAAACGCCCACAUCCUCAUGUUAAUCCAUCUGGGUUGGUUUCUGUUCCUUAUUUGCAAAACUGGAUUUAUCCUAGUUCUAAUUUAGUCGAUUUAGUUAGAGAAUUGGGUGGUGUUUUCGGUCGCGAUCCUCCUUUGUACUCUCAACGCCGCCCCCAAUCUAACCCUAAUCCUAACCCUAAUCCCAGUUAUGUUUCUAAUCCUGCCAAUUUGUCAACUUUAUCAAAUUCCUCCGGUUUCGGAUCAGUGGGUCCCUCUGGGUAUCCGCGGCCACCGCCGCCAACGAUGGCUCGGCCAUACCCGCCGUCGCCAUAUGGCGGUAGCGGUGGCGGUGGUGGAACGGAGGAUGCGGCAGAGGUUUAUAAGAGGAAUGCUAUUAAUAAAAUUGUCGAGAGUGUUCAUGGGGAUGUGUUACAAUUGAGAAAAGCAAGGGAAGCGGAGAUGGAAGGGUUGUUUAGCGCACAGGCAGUGUUGAGGAGGAGGGAAGAGGAGAUUAAUAAAGGGCUUAAGGAAAUGCAAGAUGAGAAAGAGGGAUUAGAGGCACAAUUGCAGGUUGUUUUGAUGAAUACAGAUGUUUUAGAGGCAUGGGUUAGAGAAAAUGAAGGGAAAGUCAAAGCAAAAGGACAUGUUGAUGUGGAUGUUGAUAAUGUGUUUGAGUGUACUGAUGCCCUCUCAAAACAGAUGUUGGAGUGUACUUCUGCAGAUUUGGCAAUUGAGGACGUUGUGUAUUCACUUGAUAAAGCGGUGCAGGAAGGGGUUGUGCCGUUUGAUCAGUAUUUGAGGAAUGUUAGGUUGCUGUCACGAGAGCAGUUUUUUCAGCGGGCUACUGCUGCUAAAGUUAGGGCUACCCAGAUGCAGGCUCAGGUUGCGAGUAUGGCUGCUAGGUUGUCACAUUAUGCUUCCUGAGUAGUUGAUGGUGUUUGUGCUACGUUUUGUAGCCAUUUGAGAGACUGUAAUGGAUAUAUUGUAUAAGCUGGAGAAAUGCUUGUAAGAUGUCUUACUUGAAUGCGGCAAACGCAGGAUUAUAAUUCAUUGUGUCCUUGUUUGAGAUUGUCAUUUGCCAAGGCAGCGAGUCUUUGCCCAGGCUGCUUGAGAGCAUCCUCAAAGCUGGUAUAGCAAUAUUUAGAUCAGGACAUUGGUUUGAUCUCAGUAGAUGCAUAAUGGGAUUAAGACUUUCAUUUCACUUGGGAGGUCCAGCAAUACAUCUGCUUCUUGAUCUGCAUUGAUGAUGUAGAAGUCUGAUUGUAUCCGUUUUCUUCGUAGUUAUGCAUUUGAUGGAUGGAUGAAUGAUUUUUGUUUGUUCACUCUCAGGUGUGGCUUUCACCUAAUAUAAUAUAAUAGCUUUUCAAGUGUA